GCCCACCAUUUGGAAAUGCGGCCCAUGAUGAGCCCGCCCCUGCUCUCGCCGUCCCCAUGCCCUCUCCUCCGCUUCCUCCGCCUCUACCACGCCCCUCGCCGCCGGAACCCUACCGCCGCGCCGCUCCCUCCUUAUACUUUCCGCCGCCGCCUCCUGCUCCUCCUCCCGGCCGCCAUGUCCUCCGCCUCCACCACUGCCCCCGACUCCGUCGUCGCGGACCCCUGUGCGCUUGCCCGCAAGGUAGCCGCCAUCCGCGCCGCCGGACCCGCCAAGCUCCAGGUCAUCGCCGACUUCGACGGAACGCUCACGCGGUACUGGUACGACGGCGCCCGCGGGCAGAGUAGCCAUUCGCUGCUGAGGCAAGGGAACGAGGAGUACGAUGCCAAGAGGGUGGCGCUGUACGAGCACUACCACCCCAUCGAGAUCUGCCCUGACAUUCCACUCCCGGAGAAGGCCAAGCUCAUGGAGGAAUGGUGGGAGAAGACUCAUGGUCUCCUUAUUGAAGGUGGUCUUACAUAUGAAGAUAUAAAAAAAUCUGUGUUUGAUGCUGUAAUUGCUUUCAGAGAUGGUGUGGUGGAGCUCUUUGAGUACUUGGAGGAGAGAGACAUUCCAGUGCUGGUAUUUUCUGCUGGACUUGCAGAUAUAAUUGAAGAGGUCUUCAGGCAGAAAUUACAUAGACCAUUCAAGAAUGUUAAGGUUGUCUCCAACAGGAUGGUUUUCAACGAAGAAGGUCGUCUUGUAUCAUUUAAAGGUAAAACAAUUCAUGUCCUAAACAAAAAUGAGCAUGCCUUGGACAUGGCAGCUCCUGUCCAUGACAAUCUGGGGGAUCCAAAUGGAUCUAUUGAUGAUUAUUCAUUGGUGAGGAAAAGGACCAAUGUGCUGCUACUUGGUGAUCACAUUGGUGACUUGGGGAUGUCUGAUGGUUUGAACUAUGAAAACAGGAUUGCUGUUGGAUUCCUGAACGCCAACAUCGAGAAAUCCCUGAACGAUUACUCCAAGGCAUUUGACGUUGUGUAUCUGAAUGAUGCUCCAAUGAGGGGAGUUGUUGAGCUUGUGUCUGAAUUAUGUCCUUGAUCCAAACUUUUACUGCACCGUCAGAAAAAGGAUUUUGCCCCCCCUGAAUUUAGCAGCCACUGCAGUCUGCUCACCCAAAAAUCUGGGAAUUUCACACUCAUGCUAAUCACUCCAUGCUUGCUUCAUAAGAAGCUGUUGUACAGGCUCAUCGCAGGGCCAGAUAAACCCUUGAAACAAUGAUCAAUUGUCAGUUAUAAGCUAAUCCCCAUUCGUGUGAUAUCCGGAUUGUGCGCAUUAUGGAAUUUCAGCAUUAUUGUUACAAGCCUUUUAGCUGUCAUUUUUCAAUCUCCUAUGAUAGCUCAUUGAUUCUUGUUCAUGAAAAGGUAAUAUAAUGGGUGAAUUGUGAAGCACUACAGAGGUUAGCUGACCAGAACAAUUGCUGCAGGUGGAGGUGAGGUAGUCUUCAUCAUCUCCCUGAACCUACUCUACGCUGAUGAGAAUCUGAUCUAAGGCUGAUAUUGCUCUGAUUGCUGCGAGAUCUAUCUGUGGCUUCAACGUCACGCUUUACAUUCCCAUGCUUCUUCCACUUUUUUUUUCUGAUCAAACUUGCAAGAAUCAUGAGAUCACAUAAAGUGAAUGAAUGUAUCAUAUCGUGCAAAUGGCAUGUACAUCACAAGCUUUUGGGUCACAAGAUAUCAUGUACCAACCGGUUCUUA